CUCCUCUUCACUUACUCCUCCCAAUCCAACCACAUCGUCAAACUUGUUGCCAUAAUCUAGUCUUCUUCAGCCUGGCGCUGCUCUCCUUCCCCGGUGGAAGCCAAAGAUAGCGCAGUCAGUCAUCAGCCUGACACAAAUUUGCACCAAUCCCGCUCGACCUUUCCGCCAUCUACUCCGCAUCAUUAUCAUCAUCAUCAUCAUCAUCUCACCCGCCUCGACACCUUUCAACAGCCUAGUCCCAUAAAACCACUCAGUGCCCACACAAUUAGAAGAAUCAAUCGCCCACCAUGCCAAACCCCAGUCAACUCCUCCUCCUAGCCGACCACAUCAAGCUCUCCCUCCUCGAACGCCAACGCGCCAUCUCCCUCAGCCUCGAGCCCAACAGCCAAGACGGCGAGAUCUCGCGCUCCCUCGACUCAUUCAAGGAAGGCAUCGAGGCCAUCGAAGCUGAAUGUGAGCAGCUUGAAGUCCAGAACGGCCGCGGCGAUGAAGACGCCGCGGACCUCCGCGACCAGCUCACGCACUUGCACGCCCAGUACGACGACCUCUCCGCACAAUUCCACGAGAUCACGAACGCCGUCGCGACCGCCACGGCAACCUCAUCAUCCUCGACUCCGGACCUCAAGCAGCCCGUGCCACAGCACCCAUCCUCGAAAUCCGUCCGGUUCAUGGACGCGGCGGCGGCGGCCGAGGCGGCCGAUGCUGACGAGGACGAGCACCGGCGGAACCUCUUCCGGCCGUAUCGCGAUUCGCCGUCUCCGCCGCCAGGUAGCACUAAUGCCGGGAUGGACGGGCUGUCGAACGAGCAGAUCUACGACCACCAUGCGCAGGUAUUGCGCGACCAGGACGAGCAGCUGGACCGGCUGGGCGAGUCGAUCGGGCGGCAGCACCAGCUGAGUAUCCAGAUCGGGGAUGAGCUGGAGGGCCAUGUUGCGUUGCUGGAUGAUCUGGAUGGGCAUGUGGAUCGCCAUCAGGGACGGUUAGACAAGGCGAGGAAGCGCCUGGAUCGGUUCCGGCGCAGUGCCGGGGAGAAUUGGAGCAUGAUGACUAUUAUCGGGUUGAUUAUCACGCUGGUGAUUUUAAUUGUGCUUCUGAAGUAGACUACAUUUUCGUGGUUCGCCUAUAUAUAUUCUGAGAUGAUUCCGGGGAUGUAUGAGUUGUGGGUUUUAAGGCGGCGCUCUCGGCGUUCGGGCUAUACUGUGCUUGCUUGUCGGGUUUUGUGUUUUCUUGUCUGUUACUUCGUCUCUCAAUUACCCAUUCCUUCGAUAUAUCCCGUCUGCUGACGACAACCUGUGGUACUUUUUAUCCCCCCUCAAGGCGGUACAUCAUUUACAUUUACCAUCAUCCAAACUAUUAUGCCCUCUACCUCCCCCCUCCAACAGCUACACAAAAUGGGAACCACCAUACAACUAGAGACUAC